UGGUCGAUGGCUCGAAGUAGGUGGAGGAGCGAGCGCCUUGUUGUUGAUUUACUUUCAUUUUGGUUGGGGCUAUAAAAAGCGAAAGCAAAGCGCUGGAUUCGCUCAGAAAGACCGCAAAACUGCAAAAGCCAACUGUUCGCCCACGGAAAAGCAAAAAAAACAAAAAGGAUUAGCAUUAUGGUUCGAGCGAUUUACCUGACCCUCGCGGCUCUGCUGGCAUUGGCCUGUGCGGUGAGUGCAGCCCCAGCUCGAGUCGACACGAGCCUGGAGUUCCCUUCGUCGCGGCAGGUGGAGGAGGAGGAGCCAGUGCACAACUCCAGUGCGGACAGCAGCGAGGAGCACGACGACGACGACGAUGUAGAGGACGAUGAUGAUGAUGACGAUGACACGCUGAUCAGAAGACGCCGCGAAGCGGACACCACUGAGGAGACAGCCACAGAAACCCCCUCGGAAGUGGAGAAAGAGCCCGAGGCUGUGACAGCCGCAGUGCCAGUCGUUCCCUCUCGCAAGCCAGUGCUCGUGCUCAUCCGCGAUGCCCUGAAGAAGGUCACCACGGAUCUGCCCACCGCCCAGGUGGCCAACAAUGCGCUGCAGUACUUCCAGCAGUUUGAGCACUUUAUCCAGCAGACCAUCGAGCAGGUCAUUGGCGAUGAUUACGAUGAUGAUGACGAGACACCAGCCACUGUCAUACCCAGCACGGAUGAGACGAAGCAACCCGAGGCAGAGUCCACGCAGCAACCCGAAAAGGAGACUGAGACUGCAGCAGCACCCGAGCCAGAGCCUGUCAAGCCCGUGGUGGAGCCAGCGACUCCCCUCAGCAAUGCUGUCUAGACAUUGCCUUCGCCUUCACCUCAAGUUCCACACACAAAACUCUCAGCUAUUUAUUGUCAUUUAUUUAUUGUUUAGACCAUUAAAGUUAUGU